AUGUCUGAGUUUGAAGGCCCCGAGGAAAAGAAAUUGGAGAGUUUUACAGAGAGCGAUAUCAGUGAGAAAUUGAAGGACGGAGAAGCCUGCAAAAGUGUUAAAAAAAGAAUACUUUCGAUGAAUGACGAGAAUGAAGAUAAUUCCAAACAGAUUAGAACGAAUCCUCACUACAGGAAAAACGUUGGGGCAUCCACGAUCCAGGAUACCCUUGGGGAAGGCAAGAGAAACGAUGUGUUGAAGCAGGCCAUACGAAAAAGAGAUCUAUCAUAUAUCAAUGAGUUUUUGGUAAGAAAGGACAGGGGGAUGCUGCUAAAGACGCUGUCAUAUGAUGACAAGGAGGUUUUGGGGGAGAUGCUCCUCGAGUUUGUUGAUCAACCGGUACGAAGCGAGGCAUUAGAAACGAUGAGAGAGAUUGUGACAAGCAUAAGGGAUGUUAGUCUUUUCAUUGAAAGGCUGAAGGAAAGAGCCGUUGACUUUUCGAAACUGAUUUAUUUGAAAGGUAAGAUCGACUACUUAAGAUUUACGUCUGGAGGCCAAGAAGAGAAGGAGCCUGAAAUGAUUGUCAAAGGAUGA